AUGAGCUGGCUGACUGGCGAGGAGGAGGAUGAGAACCUUCCCAUCCAGGAGGUGUCGUUUGACCCGGAGAAGACUCAGUGUUGUGUGGUGGAGAAUGGCCAGGGUCUGACCCACGGCAGCGGGGGGAAGGGAUAUGGACUGGCCUCUACCGGCAUCUCCUCUGGGUGCUACCAGUGGAAGUUCUACAUUGUGAAGGAGAACCGUGGGAACGAGGGGACGUGCGUCGGGGUGUCCCGUUGGCCUGUCCACGACUUCAACCACCGCACCACGUCAGACAUGUGGCUGUACCGGGCCUACAGCGGGAACCUGUACCACAACGGAGAGCAGACCCUCACCCUCUCCUCCUUCACCCAGGGAGACUACAUCACCUGUGUGUUGGACAUGGAGGCACGCACCAUCUCCUUCGGGAAGAACGGAGAGGAGCCCAAGUUAGCCUUCGAGGACGUGGACGCCACAGAGCUCUACCCCUGUGUCAUGUUCUACAGCAGUAACCCUGGAGAGAAGGUGAAGAUCUGUGAUAUGCAGAUGCGGGGUACCCCUCGUGACCUCCUGCCCGGUGAUCCUAUCUGCAGCCCUGUGGCCACAGUCCUGGCUGAGGCCACCACACAGCUCAUCAGGAUCCUGCACCGCACCGACCACUGGACACACUGCAUCAACAAGAUCAUGAUGGAGAGGCUGCACAAAAUCAAACCCUGCUUCAGAGACUCAGCCAACGGUACUGGAGGAGGAGGUCAGAGGUUAAAGAAGAGUCGUUCGGUGCAGAGCAGAGAGGAGCAUGACGCCCAGAGGGACUCGUCCAGGGACCCCCAGAGAGGGGAGGAGGAGAGGGGCCGGCCGGGACACGGGAGCCGCCAGGGGCAUGGAGGUCUGGGGGAACUCUCUGACCACCACCUCAGGACCCUCUGUACAGAGGUGUGGCCUGUGCUGGCGGUGAUGGGGGGUGCUGACGCAGGGCUGCGUGUUGGGGGGCGCUGUGUUCACAAACAGACCGGUCGGCAUGCUACUCUCCUGGGCGUGGUGAAGGAGGGGAGCACCUCGGCCAAGGUGCAGUGGGACGAGGCUGAGAUCACCAUCAGCUUCCCAACUUUCUGGUCGCCUAGUGACACUCCCCUGUACAACCUGGAGCCCUGCGAGCCGCUGCCCUUUGACGUGGCACGCUUCCGAGGCCUCACCGCUUCCCUGCUCCUCGACCUCACCUAUCUCACUUCCAUCCACGAGGACGCUGGGAAGCUGAGCGCCCGGCGCCACGAGAAGAGGCACCGUAGCGGAGGAGGCCACGAUACGACGACGACGACGACCGCCACGACAAACGACGACUUCAACAACAAAACUAGUGAGACGGAGCAGAGCCACCAACACAGGGUCUCCCCAGACGCCAGAGACACAACAACAACGGGGACCGUCACCACGACGACAACCUCUGAUCUGAGGGUGUCACACAGCCUGGACGAGGUCAAAGCCCACGCGGUGCCCAACUCGAAAUCAGAGAGCGAGAUCUCCUCCUGCGCCUUGGACUCCCAACACCAGGGUGGAGGAGGACCAGAGACCCUCUCCCCUGCUCCUCAGACCCCCCAGGAGGGCAACAGGAGGAAGGGCCAUGAGGGCCGAGGCCACGAUGGCUCUCCCUCCUCAGGGGCCAGUCAGUCUGAGAUCCAUGCGGUGCAGCUGUCCUACCUUUACCUGGGGGCCAUGAAGGCCCUCAGCACCCUGCUCUCCUGCUCCAAGUAUGUUGAGCUGCUGCUCAUACCCAAGGUCCAGGCUCAGCCGGAGCCUGCUCCCAGUGGACACAAUGCAGAUCUGAACGCCGGGUCCACCCCUAGUGGCGCAGCGCCCUCGCCCGUGUGCCAGGAGGAAGUUGAGAUGAGGGCGGCACUGCAGUUCCUGAUGCGUCACAUGGUCAAGCGGGCCGUGAUGAGGUCACCCAUCAAGCGGGCGUUAGGAUUGGCCGAUUUGGAGAGAGCUCAGGCCAUGAUCUAUAAAUUGGUGGUCAGCGGGCUGCUGGACGAACACUGCAGUGGGGGCAAGUCCAGACCUGCUGACCCAGAGUGUGAGGAGGGUGUGCAGGGAGAGCAGCAGGCCCAGACCCCCAUCACCACCAGCCCCUCUGCCUCCAGCACCACCUCCUUCAUGAGCUCCUCUCUGGAGGACACGACCACAGCCACUACACCUGUUACUGACACAGAGACUGUCCCUGCCUCAGAGUCCCCUGGGGUCAUGCCUCUUAGCCUGCUCAGGCAAAUGUUCUCAAGCUACCCAACCACCACUCUGCUGCCAACGCGUCGUGCCCAGACGCCCCCGGUGUCUUCUCUCCCCACGUCUCCCUCUGAUGAGGUGGGUCGGAGACAGAGCCUCUCCUCCCCUGAGACCCAGACCUCCAGACCAGCCAACAGGACCGGGACAU